AUGUAUCUGUUGAGAUUCGGGAGGGGUGGCCGCCAGGUGUUGGGUUACAGCGCGGAGGCCCCUCCCUGCUCUCUGGGAUUUAGAGAGAGGGGUUGUUAGUCGGCGGCGGUAGGGCGGCAGCAGCAGCCCACAGCACCCAUGUUCAGUGGAGAGUCAGUGGAAGGUGCCCCCAGAUGACCGACGCAGACGUCUGGGAAUGACAGCCGCUGUCACAGAGAGUGACAGCUUUCGCUCUCUGUCGCCGCACCUUGACUAGCCUUGACUAUCCCCGGAGUGACGCGCUCUAUCAGUCGCACGCCAAAGAAGUGACACGGAGCCGGUCAGAACUAUGCCAGAGAUGGAGAAAGGGAGACCGCCGGAAAACAAACGCAGUAGGAAACCCGCGCACCCCGUCAAGAGAGAGAUCAACCAAGAGAUGAAGACGUUUGCAGAGAGCACCAUGAAUGAGCUCCUAGGCUGGUACGGCUAUGACAAGUUGGAGCUCAGAGACUCCGAGGCCACCGAGAUACGGAACUACCCCAACCGUGAGAGACGCCAGCAGCACGUCUCAGUUCUUAAAGAAAACUCAGUGCCCAAAACCAAGAGCCUAGACAGCCCAAAGACACUGGCCAUGAGGAGUGGAGAGAGAGAAUCAUCCAGAGUCCCCUCUUCCUCCCCCGGUUCCUCCUCUCUGACCAGCCCUAGGGAGCAAAAGAGUGCCCCCGUAAUUGUCCCGCUUAUAAAGCCAUCGGCAGUGGAAGACGUGCAGAAUGUUCAGAUAGUGUGUGUGUGGUGUCAGAAGGAGGGGGUGAAGCGCUACUCUCUUUGUAUGGGCACCGAGCUGAAGAGCUUCUGUAGUGAGAAGUGCUUCGCCGCCUGCCGACGGGCCUACUUCAAACGCAACAAGGCCCGGGAUGAGGACGUCCAUGUAGGGGAGAGGUCCCCCCAACACACCCCUGCUGAUGACUCACCACGACUCGUGCUGAACAGUGGAGGUGCCAGAGUGUGCAACUGGUGCAAGCACGUCCGCCACACCAAAGAGUACCUGGACUUUGGCGCCGGUGAGGAGCGGCUCCAGUUUUGCAGCACCAAGUGUCUGAACCAGUACAAGAUGGAUGUGUUCUACAGAGAGGCCAGGGCCACUCUCACCAGCUCCAGCCCAGGAAGACCAACCCAGGAGGGGAGGCCCGAGUCCACCGGAGGGGUCCAGAACCAGAAGCUCCUGACCCCUGAAUCGUGGAGCAGCAAUGCUGGGGACGUGAGGGGGACGACCAGGUCGCCCAAAGGUCAGACGCCUAUCAAUGGUACAGCGGCACCAAGGACUGUGUCUCCAUCCGAGGCGUCAUCUUCGUCCUUGAAGGUUAACAUUUCAGGACUGAGGCACCUGGAGAGGCACGUCCUGCCACCACCCGCGCAGGUAGCAUGCCACCACCCCGCCCCCCCCCUUCCUCACCCCCCCAUGGAGCACCACAAGGCCAUGCCUCAGAUCCCGCUGCCCUUCAUCCGGCCCCCUCUCCACGCCCAGGGCCUGAAGAGCCCCCUGGCCAACCCCCCCAGGGGCCACCCUGGCCCCCCUUCCAGCCCCAUCCACCAGCCUCCCCCUCACUCCCCCCAUCACCCCCACCAACCGCACCUCCAGCCCCCAUCGGCCACCUCCAUGAACCCACCCGGAAUACACCCAUACCCGGGGGCCUACUUCCCAGGCUUGCACUCCCCCCCUAUCAACAUGAGGGGGCUCCGUGGCCCCGUGCCCAUGCUCCCUAUGAUGAACUUCGGGGGAUGGCCGUCUUUAGGCCCCUUCUUCCCCCAGCCCACGGUCCUGGUGCCCUACCCCAUCAUUGUACCAAUCCCAGUCCCCAUCCCCAUCCCUAUCCCAAUACCCAUACCCCCUAAAUCUGCUCCUCCAGAAGCCCCAGGGGUCCCCCACAGUGGGGUUAUCCAGCCCGUGCCGGAGGGGAUAGAGGGGGGACGCUCCAGGGGUGUCAAUUUGCCUUCUCCCAAGAGCUUGGUGGCCAACAGAUUGGGUAGAACCACCAACCAGGGUCUCCCCUCACCCUCAGACCACCCCAGAAGGGACAUCACAGAUUGGGUGAAGUCGGAGAAGCAGGCUCAGUCACCCAUGUUGAUCCAUCACAGUGCAGUGUCCUCCCCCAGGGCUCGAUACGAUGCUUCCCCAUCUUCCACCUCAGUGAUUGAGGGGCUGUCAGACUUUAAGCUGAGCCAGCAGCAGCAGCCAGAGAGGCAGGUCAUCCAGAGAGUGCUCCAGAGGACCCCGGUCAAGCUGGAGCCCAACCCCCACGGAGUGGUGGACCUGUCGGGUCCGGGUGAGCCCGGAAUGGGGCAAGGCACCAGGCCGGUGGAUACCAGAGUGGACCACCACAACCACCACCAUGACAUUAUCAAACCCACCCCUCCACUAACCCAGUCACCCCUCUUCUGCACAACACCGCCUACCCCCAGAGCCCUAACAUACGACCCCCCUCAGACACCCCACCAACUCCCAGAGGGGAAUGCAAGCCCUCCCUGCGAUACCGCCACCCCCGCCCCCUCAACACUCCCAGACGUCCCCAAACAAACAACACCGUCAUCAUCCCCCGAUCCUCCUCCCAGCCCAGACUCCUCCCAGUCUCAGAGAGAGGCCCCGCCUCUUGGCCCUGACGCCGCCCUCAGUGAGCUGGAGGCAGUCAAAGAGAACAGCUGCUCCAAUGGCCAGGUCCAGCUUCCAUCCCUCCCCACCAGCCAAUCAGAGGGGCCCUUAGCCGCUGGCGACUCCGAGGACCCCCACGUCCCAGAUGAGGACCAUGCCUAUGCCCUGCCCACCCCCAACCUUACACCCACCAGAACGGGCAGUGCCCCCACCAACACCCCCACCACUCUCCUCCUGCCCAAGCUUAGGGACAAGGGUGUUCUACUAUGCCCACCGAGUGUGGCUGGGCCUGGGGAUAUGGAGCCUGCUCUGAAGAGACGGUGCCUCCGCAUCCGAGAUCAGAUCAAGUAGGGAAGGGAGCGGUACCAGAUCCAAUGCCCCGCCCUCUUGGGUACAUCACCAGCACCAACGCCCUCCCUCCAACCCAUUACUCAGCCACCUGGGAGAUCAACUCCACCCUUCUUCUGACCCCGACGUGCCAAUUAAGGAAGCAGUCCAUUGGGAGAAGCAGUCCAUUGGGAGAAGCAGUCCAAUGGGAGAAGCAGUCCAAUGGGAGAAGCAGUCCAAUGGGAGAAGCAGUCCAAUGGGAGAAGCAGUCCAAUGGGAGAAGCAGUCCAUUGGGAGAAGCAGUCCAUUGGGAGAAGCAGUCCAUUGGGAGAAGCAGUCCAUUGGGAGAAGCAGUCCAAUGGGAGAAGCAGUCCAAUGGGAGAAGCAGUCCAAUGGGAGAAGCAGUCCAUUGGGAGAAGCAGUCCAUUGGGAGAAGCAGUCCAUUGGGAGAAGCAGUCCAUUGGGAGAAGCAGUCCAUUGGGAGAAGCAGUCCAAUGGGAGAAGCAGUCCAUUGGGAGAAGCAGUCCAUUGGGAGAAGCAGUCCAUUGGGAGAAGCAGUCCAUUGGGAGAAGCAGUCCAAUGGGAGAAGCAGUCCAAGAGCUCAAUGUGGACUUCCAGUACAUUCACAGCACAAGUGUGUGUGUGUUUGUGUGUGUGUGUGUGUGUGUGUGUAUGUACGCUGUAUGUACCUUUAUGUGGCAUUUCUGGACCUUCCCAAGAGACAGACAAUUCCAUCUCAGAUCUCUCCCAUAGUCCAGGAGCCUAUGAAGCCAGCCCAAAGAGCCCACUCAGCCCAGUUCCAAUCCUCAGCCAUAGUCAGGGGCUCUACACUGCACUAGAUGGUAGGCUGCUAGGCUACGAUCAGCAGCCUUGUGUGGUCUUCUCCAAUGGAGACUGAACCUGAUCUCUUUCCUGGGGAAAUGGUUUGUUUUCUCUGCCCGGCUCCACACAAAGAGCCACAUUGUUCCUCUCCCCCAUAUCCCACACUGACUCUCCUACUCUGGUUUUGGGUUACCUGGCUAACAGGGGCUCAGGCUUCAGGAGGAGUUUGUCUUUUUAAAUAGUUCUGUCUGACGGAGGGCCAGGAAUAUGUGUGUACCCUUCUCCUUCUUCCCUGUCCUUUCCACCCCACAGUCCCCUCUCCAAUGGUACACACACUAGUCCUAAAGUGUGACUCUGACACCAAUUGCUUGUUAAUGUCCUCUUCCCCUCCUAUUUCCCCCCCUCUAUGGACGAGGGGACGAGGGAAGUUCAGCCCAUUUUUCUCUGGUGGUUUUCUGUUUGAAAGAGGGAUGGAGUCCCUUGGGGCAAUGAAAAAUGACAAAAUAAUUAACUGUAAACUAUGUAAUAUGAUAAUGAAAGAGUCCCAUAUAUCAUGAAAUCCACUAUUUGUGACUUGCCUGAGACCGGAAGACUUGUGUCAGCUCCCCAAAACUAAUGCCUAGGUUUUGGCUCGAAGGGCUAACACAGUCUUGUGGUGCGCCGGAGCCCCAGCUUUCGAACCCAGUCAUUUGAUUUACAACACUGACUCGGCCAUGGGACAGAGGUAGAUCAUUUCAGUGUCCAAACCUACUCACUCUGUUGACGCUCUUUAUCUUACUCAGAGGACUCCUUUUGGUGGGUUUGGGCAGUCAUGUUACCAGCCAUGGUAUUAUUUUGAACUGUCAAAGGCUGCAAAAAAGCAGCUAUCAGUAUUACAGUUUCCCCUAGUCUGGGGGUUUAUAAUGAUGAUACUAACUAUAAGCCUGGUCCCAGAUCUGUUCAUGCUGUCUUGCCCACUCUUCUGGUCAUUGUCAUGCCAAACAGCACAAACAGAUCUGGGAUUAGCCUGAAAACGAUCUAGUGGUAGCAUCAUCAUCUGGAGGCCUUGCCAACACUCAUCGUCACAUUGUGAGAAUUCACUUUUAGUUUUUGCUUUACAUAGACUUUGACUUUAUAAUAAUUUAUGAAUGAUGCCUUCAUAGAUCUCCAGAAAGUGCUUUGUUGAUUUUUAUUUUGAUCCUGAUUAUUAUACUGUAUUUGUUUGCGAGUGCCGAAGCUCUUACCAGUGUCCAAAUGUUUUGUUUGAAUUUGUCCACUAGAGUGCAGUGUCUGUCUAUGGAACAUAGCAACUACCUGUCUCAUAUACCUUAUAUAAAUAGAGUUUUCAAUAGCGUACACAAUUGUUCAUUCAACCAUACAUUUACUGCCAAUUAUAAGUCUUGUCUUUUUUCACGACAGCCCAGUUUCAACAAUGCCUCGAUCCAGCCACAGAACAUCACCUAUUGCCAUCACUAUAGCCAAAGUAGAACAUUGCCAAAAUCAUAGAAAUACAAUUCCUAGAAGGAUGUCCCCAUUCAAGUCAAUGAGGCCAUAAUGGGUCAUUCUAUUUCUAUGGCCACAACAACAUUGCCAAGUCAUUGGCUGGAAAGCAGACUCCUUGCUGCGGGGGAGUGACCACACUGGCUUUCCAGGGUCUUUCUAUAGUCAUGACCUCGAAUAGCCUCCUGACCCACACUCCCCUCUCUCGCACACCCACACAAACACGCACACACAUGCCUCUGCAAUCUCAAAACUGCAUUCCAAAAAGCACGUCAAUCAGCAUGUGUAACCAUGGUGAAAAGUAGCUAAUUCCAGUCAACAUGCUCACCCCAGGUUAUACCCUGUAGUGUCAUUGUAAUCUUAGUCUGGCCAAGGGACUGUGUCAACAACUAUAUGAGUCGUGGUGGCGUCACUUGGCAUCUCUAUACUAUCAGUCUUGUGAUAUCGGGGAUAGUCCCCUAGCCAUACCUUUAGUGCAGUGUUUCCCAACCCUGGUCCUCCAGGACCCCCAACACUACACAGUUUAGCUGUAGACCUUGACAAACACACCUCAUUCAAGUCAUUGAGGGCUUGAUGAUUAGUUGACAAAUUAAUAAGGUGUCCUUGUCCGUGGUUACAAUAAAAAUGUGUGCUGUUGGGGGUGUUGGGAAACACUGCUUUAGUGGCCAAGAAGUGAACAAAAAACUACCAUGGUAUAUUACACAUCUGCCUAUAGUAACUAACUCAAACCCUAACCCUAUAGUAUACUACACCUACCAUCACUGUCCCUCAUCUCUUUAUUCAAGACUGUGGGGGGAAAUUGGGAAGAACAAAAAAAAUGCUAAGUUGUCUGAAACCCAUAGAUUGUGGACUCGGGACACUCAUUGAACAUGUAAGGCACCGUAUAAUUCACUGAUUCUUUGUAUUUACGCCUAAAUUAAUAGCAUCAACUGGGAGCUGUUUGGUGGAGACCUAUUUGUAAAGUGAAUAAAGGCUAUUCUGAGAACAACAA